CAGGGUCCGGCUGGAUCAGGAAAGAGCACGUACUGUCAAGCCAUGCAGGAACACGCCACGACACUGGCCGGUACGCGUCGACGCCGCAUUCACGUCGCCAAUCUCGAUCCGGCGGCCGAAAUAUUUCAGUACGACACCGCCUUUGACGUCCGGGAUUUGAUUUCUGUUGAGGAAGUCAUGGAAGAACUGGGCCUCGGUCCUAACGGGGGUCUGCUGUACUGUAUGGAGUAUCUUGUGGAAAAUUUGGAUUGGCUGCACGAUGAAUUGGAGAUGUUCCAAGACGACGAAUAUUUGAUUUUGGAUUGUCCGGGACAACUGGAGCUCUACACUCACGUGCCGAUCAUGCGACGAAUUCUGGAUUCGAUGCGAAUAUGGGGAUAUGAAUCUUCCAUGGUCUCCGUUUUUUGUGUCGACGCCGCCUUCUUAAUCGACGCCAGUAAAUUUUUGUCGGGUAGUCUGUUAAGCCUAUCCGCCAUGGUGGCGUUGGAGUUGCCCCACGUGAACGUCCUGACGAAAUGUGAUCUAAUGCCGAGAGAAGACGUGGAAAGGAUUUUGGGGUACGGAAAAGGCGAAGAGCGCCAUCGACACAGACGCUUAGAAGCCCGUCGGCGACAGCGAAAUCGUUUGACCGAUGCUAUAGGACAGCUAUUGGAUGACUACGCUAUGGUGAGCUUCAUUCCGCUGAAUUUGAAUGAGGAAGAUUCCAUCGAGCACGUUUUAGCAACAGUCGAUCAUGCUAUUCAAUAUGGAGAAGACUUGGAAAUCAGGGGUGCUGAGGAAGACGAUAAUAACGGGAACCCCGAUGACCAUUAA